UCAAUCCGGUUGGCUCAUCCCGCAAUCCCGUCACACCGGAUUCGGAGACGCAAUGAGUUGGGACCCAGUAGCUUCAAGUUUCGCGGGGAUUCGAGUCUCAAUGGGAGAGUUAGCUAUAAGCAUGUGGGUGGGUAUUGCGCGGUAUCUGUAGGUUUCGGUCGUCAAAGUCCGAGCUUCCAUGACGAAGAGCCCUUAUGGUUGAGCCUUGUUAAGGACAUUGUCUGGAGCACGAGAUCUCUCUUCACCUUUCUAUCUGAGCAACCGAGCCAGCUGAAAUUCAUAGAGUGGCCAAGUUUUACAACCACGCUCAAGACUGCCACACUGAGUCUCUGUCUUGUAGCUGUCUUCAUUGUUGCGCUAUCAUCGGUGGACUCUGCUCUUUGUUACAUAUUGGCUUUGAUCCUGAGGAAAGCCCCAUGA